AUGGGUGGGCACGGUCAACCCAGUUUCAGCGCCUACAUCACGUUUUGUCGGGCGGAGGAUGCCAUGAGGUCAAUCAAAGAAUUAGAUCAGGGCAUGCUUCAGGGGCGUCCAUUACGUGUGUCUCUCGGAACGACAAAAUACUGCAGUCAGUUCCUACGUGGAACAAAAUGCACAAAACACGCAAAUGCUCGAUUUCGUGGUCGAACAGAUUUGGGUAGUGAACGUCCGUCGGGUUCAUCUCCACUAAAAUCCACCGGUCGAAGCGGUCAUACGAGGCCAAUUACGGAGCCAGAACCCAUCCCGUCUGCGCCGGGUGAUGCCAGACGGACGCGUCCGAUGCGGUCGGAUUACAAUUAUUCGGAUUUCAGUAUCAGCGAAUCACCAAACGAGUCCGUUGCGUCCCCUUGUGAUAGGUCCACAAAAACGAACGCUUGGAGUAGACAAUUAUCGGCAGACUAUACUCAAUCAGGUGCACAGAAAUACGCGUCCGGUAAACCGCUCUCUAGCUCCUUUUCACAUGUUUAUACGAACGGAUUAGGGGGAGUAAAUAACGACAAAUGCAAUCGAGUUUCCAAGAAAUCGAAUGAAAUCCGUCGUAUUCAGUCCUCUGAACCAGGUCGAGCAGCACUUCAGCACAAAUCUGAGGCCUUUUCGGCCCCCAAUGGAAGUACAGCCUGUGUAGGGAGUCCAAAUGAAGGCACUUGGUAUCGCUCAUCUCCUACAAAUGACACAAACAAUCACUUGAACUAUGGAGAAGAUCAGGUGGACAUCGAUUUCGAUCCGUUCCUAGAGUCACAGCAAGGUUUGGCGGAACUGUUGGCUGCGGAAGUGGGUAAGCUAGGGCUCACCGGGGAUGAAUCAUCCAAGGGUGUGUACCAUGCAAAUUGUCAAAGUGGUGCGUCGGGAACCGGCCCUGGUGAAUCCACUUCACAUUUGCUUGCUGCAACCAAUUUGGAUCCUGGCUUGUCUGAUUUUCGAUCCAGUCAUUUGGGGCGAGUUGCAUACUCCUGGAUGUCCGAUUUCGCACAAUGCGAAACUGAUGGUCAUGGUGAUCCAAACCAGCAAAAUUCGCGAUCGAUUUUUCCGCGAAUUUAUCCACCACCAGGCUUCGAGGACAGUGCGCGCGUUCUGCAACGAUCGACAGAAUCAUCCAUGUUUUCCAGUUCUCAUCCAGACUCCCUUUUGAACUUUGAGCAGUCUGAACCAAAUUGUCCACUCGGAGCUUCAAGGGGUGGCGGGAAUGCUACUCUUGUUUGCAAUAAUGGAAUGACCACCAACAACUACCCAUUUGCACAUGUUCCGUGCAACCCCGGGAGUAAAGUAGAUCCUAGUUUUGAUGCAUUUUCUCAGUCAAGACUUUCUAAGAGCGUGGAUUCUAGUUCGCAAUAUCGAUCACCGUCGUCAUUUGGUAGUCCUGCCGAAGGCAAUCUCCCAUUUACCACUCACGACCGUGUCUCACAGCGCCCGGAUUCUCUUGCCAGUCUUUUUACUGCUGCUUUUAAUACUGCUACCGCCAUGUUAAGUCAUCGAGCAGCCACUUCCGGCGACAAAGCUAAUCCUUGUGCUUCAAAAUCCUCCGCCCCUUCGAACUUCGAUCUCAGUACAUUCUUCAAUCAGCUUUGUCGACAUUCCCCGUUCUUCUCCUCGCUUGCGGCUCAGUCUGCAUCCGACUGGAGUUCGGUUUUUGGAUGCAACGGUAGCAUGACAAGUGGCGGUAGCAACAAUGGAGUUAGACCGUCAGGUAACUCACCCGAUCCCCUGAUGGAUUCAGUGAAUUCAACUGCGCUUGCCGCUGCUGCUGCUGCGGCUGCUGCAUCCGUUCUCUUACCUUCGGUGCAAUUUCCCACCAGAUCCGAUGUCUUAUCAAACGAAGAUAGCUCUCAGAUCAACCUGACCAACUACAAUCUCCCACCUGGUCUCUCCAAGCCCAUGCAAAAUCUUCUUCAACAAGAGCUUUCAGAUGUGCAAACCAAUAGGAACGUAUUUUCUGGCACUACCUCUGGUGUUGGUUCGUCUUCGGAACCAACUGUGUCCAAUACGCCACUCACUUGGCAACUGGAUGAUCCAGCCAUCGUCUCCAGUCAGCUCGCCCCAGAAUUGUGGCGUUCCAGCUCUGGGAUGUCUCCCAUAUUUGGAUCACAUUUGGCUCCCGGUUUGGGCUUUCCUUCCUGUAAUCAGAAUAACAGCACUGCUGCUGUAACUCAACGAACGACUCUUCGAGAUUCAACCCUUCAAUCAGCCUCGCAUCAACAAUCGACAGAAUAA